UGGAGGUCAGCCUCUUCUGGCGUGUUCUUGAAAUGUGAACCCAGAAAUGUCAUAAACGGAAUCAGAAGAGAGCAAGCCGUACCCUCAGCUAUACGGUAUCGUUUUGUCUCGACGGCAUGAACCGUCUCUAUGUGUUAAACUCGUGUGAGCAGAGAUUAUCUGCACACUGAGACGGGCUGAAUUUCAUCCGUCCGUUUUGCCCUAUAGUGAGGCAGCAGUGCGCGGGCCUCUGCUAUUACACACGUCAGCGCGGUAAAUGAUCCAAGCCAAAGGAUUUAUUCUUUUUUUAUUUUGAUCAAAUACAAUUUGCAACCAUGAGAAAGGACGUGAGGAUAUUAUUGGUCGGAGAACCCAAAGUGGGGAAGACCUCCCUGAUUAUGUCACUUGUCAGUGAGGAAUUCCCUGACGAGGUCCCUCUCCGAGCUGAAGAGAUCACCAUUCCUGCUGAUGUCACACCUGAGAGGGUGCCUACACAUAUAGUGGACUAUUCAGAAGCAGAGCAGACAGAUGAGCAGCUUUACCAAGAAAUUUCAAAGGCCAAUGUUAUAUGCAUAGUCUAUGCAGUAAACAACAAGAAGUCAAUUGAAGAGGUGACUAGUCAUUGGAUUCCCCUCAUCAACGAACGGACAGAUAAGGACAGCAGAGUACCAUUGAUUUUGGUGGGGAAUAAAUCUGAUCUGGUGGAGCACAGCAGCAUGGAGACCAUCCUGCCCAUCAUGAAUCAGUACUCUGAGAUAGAGACUUGUGUGGAGUGUUCAGCCAAAAACCUGAAGAAUAUCUCAGAGUUGUUCUACUAUGCCCAAAAGGCUGUUCUGCACCCCACAGGACCAUUAUACACCCCUGAAGAGAAAGAGAUGAAACCAUCUUGCAUAAAAGCACUAACUCGCAUUUUUAAAUUAUCUGACCUGGACAACGAUGGCAUCUUGAAUGACAAUGAGCUUAAUUUUUUCCAGAGAACUUGUUUCAACAUACCCCUAGCACCUCAAGCCCUGGAGGAUGUGAAGAAUGUUGUGCGGAAAAAUAUGUCAGAUGGGGUGAAGGACAACGGCCUCACACUGAAGGGCUUCUUGUUCCUUCAUACACUAUUUAUUCAGAGAGGAAGGCAUGAGACCACAUGGACUGUGCUCAGAAGGUUUGGUUAUGAUGAUGACCUGGAGCUGACCCAAGAAUACUUGUUUCCACUGUUCAAAAUACCUCCAGAUUGCACCACAGAGCUGAACCACAAUGCCUACCUCUUCCUCCAGAGUGUCUUUGACAAGCAUGACAAGGAUCGGGACUGUGCCCUGUCUACAGAUGAGCUGAAAGAUUUAUUCAAGGUCUUUCCCUACAUGCCCUGGGGUCCUGAUGUCAACAACACGGUCUGCACCAAUGAGCAGGGCUGGAUCACUUACCAAGGCUACCUUUCCCAGUGGACGCUAACAACAUACCUAGAUGUACAACGCUGCUUAGAGUACAUGGGUUACCUUGGUUACUCCAUUAUUCAAGAACAGGAAUCACAAGCAGCAGCUAUUACAGUCACCAGGAAUAAGCGCAUUGACCUGCAGAAAAAACAAACCCAGCGAAGUGUUUUCCACUGCAAUGUCCUGGGAGCUCGAGGCAGUGGUAAAAGCAGUUUUUUGCAGGCUUUCCUGGGCAGGAAUCUGGUGCAUCAGAAGAGGAUAAGAGAAGACCACAAAUCUUACUAUGCCAUUAGCACCACUUAUGUUUAUGGACAGGAGAAAUACUUGCUUUUGCAUGAGUUGCUUCCAGACUUUGAGUUCCUCUCAGAGGCUGAUCUGGCCUGUGAUAUCGUUUGCCUGGUCUAUGACAUCAGCAACCCUCGCUCCUUUGAGUACUGCGCUAAAGUCUACAAGAAAUACUUUAUUGACAGCAAGACCCCAUGUAUAAUUAUUGCUGCCAAGUCAGACCUGCAUGAAGCCCGUCAGUACUACACUCUGUCACCAUUGGAUUUCUGCCGGAAACACAAACUUCACCCGCCACAGCUGUUCACCUGCAACACAACUGAAGCACCCAACAAAGACAUCUACACCAAACUUACCACCAUGGCCAUGUAUCCCCACGCCAAGUUACGCUGCAUGUGCACCUGCAACAGGUGUACCUUUUGCAUCUGUCACAACCUCCUGAACACUGAGCUGGUGCGCUCUGUAAAGGCCAAACUCUACAGUGCCGUUCUGAACAGACACAUGACCCAAGCUGACCUGAAAAACUCAACAUUUUGGUUGCAGGCCAGUGUCGGUGCCACCGUGUUUGCAGUUCUUGGCUUCGCCAUGUAUAAAGCUCUCCUCAAGCAGCGUUGAUCUGCACAACUAGCAUGUCACAUCAACUCAGUCCUCCCCUGAUAAACUACAAAACCCAUUGUCCCUCAUUCCAUCCUUAUUUCCUUUUCGAGAGAAGGUUAUAUGCAAAGUAAUAGAUGGCUUCAGUUUGUAUAGUUGGAGAUAGUUCACCUAAACAUUUUUUAAUUCUGUCAUUGACUCAACCUGUUCCAAUCCUUAAUGACUUUUUUACCUCCGUGUAACACAAAAGAUGUUAAGCAGCAUGUUUGCAUUUGUCACCAUUCACUUUCAUUGAAUUGAAAAACGGCUCAAUGAAAAUUUAUAGUGACUGAGGAUAACAUUUUUAUUGAGCAUCUCCUUUUGUGUUCCAAGGAAGAAAGUCAUAAAGGAUUGGAACGAUAUGGAGAUGAUUUAAUGAUGACAUAAUUUUAAUUAUUUGGUGAACUAUCCCUUUAAAACAGCCUUUCCAAACCAUGUGUCUUUCCAUAAGUGUUUAUGAACAUACGAUCCCUUAUCAGCGGUGUGGUGGAAAAGGACAUUUAUUGUAUGGCAGGACUUGCAAUUACGCUCUCUGCUGGUUGGACAUGGACAUGUUUUUAAUUUAUGCAAACUGAUAUUUUCCUCUGUCAGUAUUAAUUGGUGUGACCUAUAUUGAAAACACACAGCAGAGGGACAGGGUUUACUGAUCGAUGACAGAAAACUAUGUUUAUAUAUGUAUAUAUCUUACUGGACAUUAUAAGUUUGCCUGUAUUUAGUGAACAAAAUCAUAUUUUACCUUCUCACAUAGAUACACACGUGUUCAAGGGAGGAGCACUGAAACAAAACCAUUUCUCACAUGUAAAGGUCAUUUUGCUCUUAUUAUAUUAAUUUAUUUGCCUCAUGUAUUUUUUUGCAAUGGCUUGAAUCAGGAACAAGGGAUACUUUGUUUUAUUUUUAUGUUGAUAUAUAUAUAUAUAUAUAUCAAAAUCCUGUUUACCUGUUACUUUAUAAAGAUUAUGCACAGCAACAUUUCUGAAUUUAAUUCUUCCCAUUUUUACGGUAAUGGUUUGUUCACCCAAACUGAAUUGUCAUCAUAUACUUUAUUUGUAUGUCUUUCCAAGCCUAUAUGACUUCUGUAAAACACAUUAGAAAUUUUGAAGAAUGUUGACAUUGCUCUAUUUUUCCCAUACAAUGAAAGUGAAUGCUGACUGAGGUUGUUAGUCCCUACAAUUCUGCCUAAAUAUCUCAUUUUGUUCCAAGGAAGAAAGCCAGUCAUACAGGUUUAAAACAACAUAUGGGUGAUUAAAUGAUGACAGAAUAUUAUUAUAUAUCGGUGAAUAUUCAAUUAAGAAAUGGUGAGAUGAAACCAGACCAAUAGGAUGGCAUAUAACAUUGCAAAGACUUUAUCAGUGAUCUUUUCCUACUAACAAUCAUGUAUAGACUGAGUUUCUGAAACAUGUGUGUUCUAAAGUUUCAGAUCUUAUGCAUAUGUAACUUUCUGUGCAAUUUUACAUGUUCAAAACCAUGGAAUUGCCGCAUUUCUGAGUUUUCAAACAUUUACAAUAAAUAAUUGU